AACACAUGCAGUUAAAGUCACAUUGUCUAUAAAGUCUCUGCUGUGGAUUCUGCACAGGAUAGGAAUUAUCCCAGGACAAAGAAUGGAAAGCUGAAUUUGUAGACAUCUUAUCACUAACAACUGAUGUUCCAAACUGGCAGAAUGAGGUGCCCUAAAGUUUUGCACAUGUUUCAACUGCCAAGGAGCUUGGAUUUCACGGUAUUCCUUUUACAAGCACAGUGAGAAGUUAACAGACAAUAUUUCCUCCUUGCCUAGACCAAAAUUUCAGCAUGCAGAAAAUGAGUAUCACCGUGAAAAGUACAGACAACCUCUGUUUGACGGAUCAUCCACAACAAUCCUUGAGGCAGUUACCAAACAUCUCUACAUAUUUUCAGUGAACAAUGGAAUGUCAAAAACUGCUGUAUCAGAUAGCCUUCAGUGCGAAAAGUCAUCUCUACCCCAACCAAAUUGUUUGCCUGCAUCUUUUAAGGAGGCCAGAGCUUUCGUUGCACCAUUUCUGAUGCCAUUGGAGAAGCAUGAUGUAUGUAUCAAUGACUGUGUAAUUUUUCGAGAUAGUGGUGAUUUGAAGUUGGCAAGAGACAAUGUGUGCCCAAAGUGUUCCGAACCUAGAAUGGAGAACGGAAAAUCAAGGAAAAGUUUUUGCUAUAUGCCUAUUGGACCACGGUUGGCUCGGUGGUUUGGGACAUCAAACCUGUGUAAAUUGAUUUAUGAAAAAACAAUAACUUUUUCUGGAAGUAAUCGUGAUGUAGUGUUAAGGGACUUUACUGACAGUUCACAGUUUCAUUCUUGGUUUAUGCAAGGUCAAGUGUUCGAAGAAAUGGACAAGCAACUGUGCGUACCAUUGUCACUUUUUACCGAUGGAGUGAACCCAAACAGAAACUCAGCCUGCCAAAAGUCUAUGUGGCCUAUCAUUUUGACAUGGAUCACUCUUCCCACAUCCAUUAGACAGCUGCUUGGUCCUAUGAUGUUAAUGGGGAUUAUACCAAGUGGAAAGAAUGGAGCUGAGCCCAAGUCCUUGGAGCCAUAUCUGUCUGUUGUUGUUGAUGAACUUUUGUCUCUUACAGAAUUUACAGUUCAGAAUUCAUACAUGUCUGCCCCUGUGUCAAUUAAAGUAGCACUGCUGCAGUAUCUAUGUGAUAUCCCUGGAUAUUCCAAGUUGCUGCAUUUGUCUGGACAUGGUGGCCUCAGAUCAUGUCCUUACUGUACGGAAUCAGGCCAUUACUGCAAGCAUCUUAAGAAAACUAUACACAUUUCUAACAGGAGGUUUCUCUCUGCUGAUCAUCCCUUACGUGAUUCUGAGGGAUUUGCCAUCCAAGGGCAGGACAUGAACAGUAAACCAGAGCCCUUCUCACGUGAAGAGGAAAUCCACCUAAGAAAUCAGUACGAACAAAAGCCAAAUAAAUCUCAGAAAACAAACCACCAAAAACAGACAGGAUUGAAAGGUCAAUACAUCCUUCAGAAUUUGCCAUACCACAACAGGAUGGAGCAAAUGUCACCUGACGGCAUGCACACACUGGCAGAUUUUAUCAGCCAUCUUAUGGAGAUGCUUUCUGGCAAGUUUAACAACAUGAAGGUAAAAUCGUGUGAAAAAGAAUUCAACAGAUUUCCUGAAGUUUGGUCAGAGCAUGGAGGAAAGGAUGUUGUUCAACCAAAGAAGAGAAGAAAAGUUCAGAAGACAAAGACUGUUGAAUGUAAUUCAGAGUUGGACACUCCUUGGUCCUUAACCAAAGAACAGAUGAAGUUAGCAGAUGAAAGAGCCAUGAACAUUGUUUAUACCCAUGCACAAGAGAUUUCACCGGGGCCCCACUUCACCAAACUUUGGACUCUGAGGACCAUGAAUUCAAAAUUACAAUUUGUGACAUCAGGGGCAUUUGAGUGGUGUAUUCAGGGAUUCCUCCCUCCAGCCCAAGAGAAGACUCUACAGGCUAUCUGUGAUGUUAUUAAACGAAUGAUUGCACCUGAACUCACCAUAUCUGAACUACCUCAACUCCAAGCUGAUACACAUGAAGCCCUUGCUAUGCUGGAAAGAGACUUUCCACUUACAAUGCAGAAUCUCACAACCCAUUUAAUUCAUCAUAUUGUGGAUGACUUGGCCAAACUUGGCCCCAUGUAUGGGAGAUGGCUGUUCCCGUAUGAAAGGGCAAAUGGCUGGAUCACAAGGCAAUGUUUAAAGAAAGGGAUGGAGGAAUCUACUGUUAUGGAAACAUACGUAAUAUAUGACUGGUGUAUUUACAUGAUUUUGAGUCAGAAGUUCAAUCCCAGUGAUGUGUUUGGUGGUGAGAAGUCCUUGGUGAAGAUAAGCCAACAGGUAAUGGAGGAGAUGAGCAACGAGUCAGGUUCUGCACCAAACAACCAACAACCAACGAAGAAUGCUAGAAGUCUGCUGACGAAGGAAAUGAGACACCACAUGCAGAACUUCUAUCUAAUGGACUUGAAGAUUAGUGCUAUAAUGUUUACAGACACUGUGACUGAACACCAUGGAAUGCUCGAUAUUACAGAUGACAGUGGUAGGAGCGUCCGAUAUGUCGGUGACAAAUACAGAGGGAGUAAGCCACGGUCUAUCGUAAAGCUGCAUAGUGUAAAUGGCGAUCUGUUUGGGCGCAUUUGCUUUUUCUUAGAGCAUGUAGUUGAUGGAACUAUUCAUCAUUGGACAAUUGUUGAUGUGUUCCCUCUGGCUGAGAAAUGCGGUUCGUUAUAUCUUUUGGAAGACAAUCCAGUUAGACGGCAGCUUUUUCAUGUAAGCAGACUUAGCAAGCCACUCGUUCAUAGUAAAAAACAGAAUACGAUUUGGAUUCUCCGUCUUCGGUGAUCUGGAUGGUGACAGUGAUGAUUCAAAUGGAUCUGAUUUGCUGUAACAAUUGAUGUAAUAGUGUAACAGGAAUACUUUGUUGUGACUU